CGCUGUGCAUCCUCGCUUGUAGCCGCUCGAGUGAUACUCGACGCCGCAACGAUGGCCGGCACUGAGGCGUGGAGCAAACUUCAACAGCACUAUGACGCGGGCAUGAAGACGCAGAAGAUGCGCGACCUGUUCUCCAAGGACAGUGACCGCUUCAAUAGCUUCUCUGCGACGUUCGAGGACGUCCUGCUCGACUACUCCAAGAACAUUGUGACGGAAGAGACGAUGACCCUGCUCAGCAAGCUGAUCGAUGAGGCGCAGGUGAAGGAGAUGGCCAAGGCGAUGUUUGCGGGCGAGAAGAUCAACCUGACCGAGGAUCGGGCAGUGCUGCAUGUCGCGCUCCGGAACCGCGCCAACACGCCGAUUUUGGUGGACGGAGUCGACGUGAUGCCGGAGGUGAACGGCGUGCUCGCCAAGCUCGAGCCGUUCGUCAACAAGGUGCGUUCGGGCGAGUGGAAGGGGCACACCGGCAAGCCCAUCACGGACGUGGUCAACCUGGGCAUCGGCGGGAGCGACCUCGGGCCGGUGAUGGUGACGGAGGCGCUCAAGCCGUACUCGAAGCGCGACCUCAAGGUGCACUUUGUCUCAAACGUGGACGGCACGCACAUCGCCGAGGUCACGAAGGCGCUCGACGCGGAGACGACGCUCUUCCUGAUCGCGUCCAAGACCUUCACGACGCAGGAGACGAUGACCAACGCCAACUCGGCCAAGUCCUGGCUGCUGGCCGAGCUCGGGGGCGACAAGGCCGCCAUCGCGAAGCACUUCGCGGCGCUCUCCACCAACGGCAAGGCGGUGAAGGAGUUCGGCAUCGACGAACAAAACAACAUGUUUGGCUUCUGGGACUGGGUGGGCGGUCGGUACUCGUCCUGGUCGGCGAUCGGAACUUCGAUCGCCCUCUCGAUCGGCUGGGAGAACUUCGUCGCCUUCCUCGAGGGGGCGCACGAGAUGGACAAGCACUUCCUCGAGGCGGACUUCUCACCCGAGAAGGGCUUCAAGAACCUGCCGAUGGUGCUGGCCGCGCUCGGCGUGUGGCGUCUGGUACGGCAACUUCUUCCGCUUACCCUGACAAGAUUCCGAUUUAGCGGUCCAGACGGGUCAUGCUGGAAUAGUGUUCGUCCGACGCGCGACGGCAAGCACGUGGCGGUCGGCACGGGCCCGAUCAUCUGGGGCGAGCCGGGGACCAACGGGCAGGUGCACGCACUCCGCACUACGCACCCUCUCCCGCCCCGCCGCCGGAGAGCUCUUGGAUGCUUUCUGGCGCCGGUCGCGACGCAGAUGCAGAACCCCGACUUCCCCGAGCACCACCCGAUCCUGCUCUCCAACUUCUUCGCGCAGACCGAGGCGCUGAUGAAGGGCAAGACGAAGCCCGAGGUCGAGGCGGAGCUCGAGGGCAAGAUGGACGCCGACGAGAUCAAAAAGCUCGCGCCGCACAAGGUGUUCGAGGGCAACAAGCCGAGCAACUCGAUCUUGUUCGACAAGCUGACGCCGCGCACGCUCGGCUCGCUGAUCGCAAUGUACGAGCACAAGAUCUUUGUGCAGGGCGUCAUCUGGAACAUCAACUCCUUUGACCAGUGGGGCGUGCAGCUCGGCAAGGAGCUCGCAAACAAGAUUCUGCCAGAGCUCAAGUCGGACGAGCAGGUGACGUCGCACGACUGCUCGACAAACGGCCUGAUGAACCACUUCAAGGCGCGCUCGAAGGAGGUCAAGUAGUGCGGUCGGGGCCGAGCAGCCUAGCGGAGACGGCCCGAGGGGGUCGGCCGAUCUUCAGCCCAGGCAGAGGAGGGGAGAGCGAGGCGGCCGCGCGGGGGCGGAGAGGCGGGGCUAGCGGGGCAGAAGGGUGGACCAGAGGGGAGAGCUGCAGGUGGAGGAGGCGGGGUUGCUGGCUCGCCCAUACGUGCCGAAUGGCUGGCGGCCAGCAACCAGGUGCACAGGUCUCGUGUCGACGCGAAGGGGUCGCGAGAGCGGCUGCAGAGCGUGCUGCAGAGCGAAGCAAGGUAAGGUAAGGUAAACUUCUCCAAC